GAGAGAAAAGCUGGUCAACUGAAUAUCUCCCACCCACGUGUCGCAACCCCAUCUUGCUCCCCACCGCUACAUGGGCGUCCGCAAAACCUGCCUUCUCCACACGCCCCACCUCGUAACCAGGGUUUCAAGCUCAAUGCUCCUCCUCUCUUUUCCUACUUCUUUCUCUCUCACACACACUUUUUCACCUCUUCCCCUUGAUGCCUCUCGGCUUUAGCCUUCUUCCCACAAUGUUUCUGAGCAGAAAUCAACUCUUUAUUUCUGAAAUUUGCAGGUUUCUGGGUUAGUUUGUUUGGUUUCGAAAAUGGAUAGUUAAUUGUGUAGAAUGGGUGGUGUAUGACACGGGUAUUCUUGGUGUUUUGUGAUGGAUUGAGUUUAUGGGUUGGGAGGGAGAAGAAUGGGUCCGGGAACUGAAGUCUCGCCUCACACCAUCUUAGCAGAAGGAGGAGGAUGCUGUAAGGGCAAUGUGGGUUCAGCCAUGGAGGAUAUGAAUGAUGAGACAUUGGACCAUUCCAACCAGUUGAACAUUGGGAAACCUCCUAGAAGCCUCUCUGUUAUGCGGCAUUGCAUCAGCUCAGCUAGAUUGACCGGCGCAGCUGAUUGGGAGUCUGAUAUUGGCAUUAUUAGCUUAAAAUCACCAUCAAGUGAGAAAUCUGGUUAUUUACCCGUGCUUCGUUCGGGAAGCUGGUCUGAGAUAGGGCCCAAACAAUAUAUGGAGGACGAGUACAUCUGCAUCGAUAAUUUUCACAAGCAUUUUGGUGCAGCUCCAAACAUCCCUUCUCCUGGAGCAUUUUAUGGGGUGUUUGAUGGACACGGUGGCAUUGAUGCAGCAUCAUUUACCAGAAAGAACAUCCUCAAGUUUAUUGUUGAGGAUGCCCAUUUCCCAGUAGGCAUAAAAAAGGCUGUUAAGAGUGCUUUUGCAAAAGCUGAUCAUGCAUUUGCUGAUGCUAGCUCUCUUGAUAGAUCCUCUGGAACCACUGCUUUGAUUGCCCUAAUUUUUGGAAGUACCAUGCUGGUCGCUAAUGCUGGGGAUUCACGAGCCGUAUUGGGCAAGCGGGGAAGAGCAGUUGAGCUCUCUAAAGACCACAAACCCAACUGCACAUCUGAGAGACUAAGAAUUGAGAAACUGGGCGGUGUCAUUUAUGAUGGCUACCUCAAUGGGCAACUAUCAGUGGCCCGUGCUCUUGGAGACUGGCACAUGAAGGGUCCCAAAGGUUCAAACUGCCCCCUAAGCUCCGAGCCAGAACUGCAGGAAAUAAUCCUCACAGAGGAAGACGAAUUCCUGAUACUAGGCUGCGAUGGCCUGUGGGACGUGAUGAGUAGCCAGUGUGCGGUGACGAUGACUAGGAAGGAGCUCAUGUCACACAAUGACCCCGAGAGGUGCUCAAAAGAGCUUGUCAGAGAGGCACUGAAGCGCAACUCCUGUGACAACCUGACAGUAGUUGUGGUAUGUUUCUCCCCAGACCCACCUCCACGGAUCGAAAUCCCGAAAUCCCAGAGGAGGAGGAGCAUAUCAGCAGAAGGGCUGGACCUUCUCAAGGGUGUUUUGAACAGUAACAUAUAAACAAGUGUUGUUAGGGCUUGUAUAGAUUGGAAAUUGCAGUUUAAGCCUGUCAGUAGGGGAGUUUUGUGAGAGUUGAUGACAUUGCGGAUCGUUUAACUUACUUUUGAGUCCUGUAAAUCUGAGAUUCUUUGGUGUCUGUCUUGAAAGUUGUUGCAGUAUAUUUCUUGUGCCUGGUAUAUACCAAUCUUAUCAUAGUAAAGGCUUUGCAUUA